CAGAGGCGCUUCCAUCGCAGUCAGGAGUCCAAAGGGUGGUCGCGCGGAGGCGAUCGCACGCACGUGCACACACAGCUGCGCACUGACGGAUGCGCGCGCGAGCGUGCGGAGGCACCGUGGGCACAGCUUACGGAACAUCCCAUCCCUCUGUCCUGUCGGAUCCUCCAAGUUCAAGCAGUCCGCCUCCGCAGCCGAGGAGACCAUGCAGCGCGAGGGCCACUGACUGAGCCAGCAACUCCGUUGAGAGGAGAGGGAGGCAUCCCGCGUGCGCGGCUGCUGCUCCUCCUGCUGCUGCUGCUGCUGCUGCUGCUGCUGCUCCUGCUGCUUCUGCUCCUGCUGCUCGCAACCCGAUCGCGGCACGAUGCUCGCCUCUGGCACGCGCUGCGCUGCUUCGCUCUUCGUGCUCGUGCACGUCGUCGCAGCUCUCGCUGGAGGAGCGGAAGAGGGCAUUUUUACGAACCAUUUCUUGGUGCAGCUGCACGAAGGGGCAGGUGGGGACGCGCACCAAGUGGCUGCCGAGCACGGUUUCGGCGGCGCGCGGAAGCUUCCUUUUGGGGAGGGACUUUUCCACUUUUACCCCACGGACAUCCACCACACCAGGAGGCGACGAAGCCUUGAGCUCCAGCGACGACUGGAGAAGGAUCAUAGGGUGAAAAAUGUUGUUCAACAGCAAGGAUUUAGUCGGAAGAAAAGAGGCUAUCGGAAGAUUGAUGAUAUUGAGACCAAAUUAAAUGACCCGCUGUUUACUAAACAGUGGUAUCUUGUAAACACAGGUCAAGCGAACGGCAUGCCUGGACUGGAUCUCAACGUAGCUGAAGCGUGGGAUCUAGGAUUCACAGGAAAAGGAGUAACCAUAGCAAUCAUGGAUGAUGGCAUCGACUAUUUACACCCAGAUCUUGUAUCAAAUUAUAAUGCCGAUGCCAGCUUUGACUUCAGCAGCAAUGACCCCUAUCCGUACCCCCGCUACACCAACAACUGGUUCAACAGCCAUGGAACAAGAUGUGCAGGCGAGGUUUCUGCAGCAGCAAACAACAACAUCUGUGGUGUCGGAGUUGCCUACAAUUCCAAGGUGGCAGGCAUUCGGAUGCUAGACCAGCCUUUCAUGACAGACAUUAUAGAGGCCUCAUCAAUAAGCCAUAUGCCACAAGUCAUUGACAUAUACAGUGCAAGCUGGGGGCCAACGGAUGAUGGGAAGACCGUGGACGGCCCGCGCGAGCUGACAUUGCAGGCCAUGGCAGACGGUGUGAACAAGGGCAGAGGCGGGAAAGGCAGCAUCUAUGUGUGGGCCUCAGGAGAUGGUGGCAGCUAUGAUGACUGCAACUGCGAUGGCUAUGCCUCCAGCAUGUGGACCAUCUCGAUCAACUCAGCAAUCAACGAUGGGCGCACGGCGCUCUACGAUGAGAGCUGCUCGUCCACUCUGGCAUCCACGUUCAGCAAUGGCCGCACCAGGGAUCCUGAAGCAGGAGUGGCCACCACCGACCUGUACGGGAACUGCACGCUACGUCACUCAGGUACAUCCGCGGCAGCUCCAGAGGCGGCCGGAGUGUUCGCAUUGGCGCUGGAGGCCAACCCUAAUCUGACUUGGAGGGACCUGCAACACCUGACCGUCCUCACGUCCAAGCGCAACCAGCUGCACGAUGAAGUGCACCAGUGGCGUCGCAAUGGUGUGGGCCUUGAGUUUAACCACCUCUUUGGUUAUGGAGUGCUGGAUGCUGGCAGCAUGGUCAAGAUGGCCAAAGAGUGGAAGACUGUGCCUGAGCGUUACCACUGCAUUGCGGGAUCAGUCCAGGAAUCACACAAAAUCUCAUCUGAAGGCACGGUGACCCUGACCAUCACCACAGAUGCCUGCCAAGGCAAAGACAAUUUUGUGCGCUACCUGGAGCAUGUGCAAGCAGUUGUGACGGUCAACUCCACCCGUCGUGGCGACCUCACCAUCAAUAUGACCUCACCCAUGGGUACCCGCUCCAUUCUGUUGAGCCGGCGGCCCCGCGAUGCUGAUGCCAAGGUGGGCUUCGACAAGUGGCCCUUCAUGACCACCCACACGUGGGGCGAGGAUCCACGUGGCUCGUGGGUGCUGGAGGUAGGCCUGGUGGGAGACGCUCCACAGGAGGGAGUCAUGCGGGAGUGGACACUGAUGCUCCAUGGCACGCAGAGCGCCCCCUACAUAGAUCAGGUGGUGCGUGAUUACCAGUCGAAACUGGCCAUGUCCAAGAAGCAAGAGCUUGAGGGGGAGCUGGACGAAGCCCUGGACCAGAGUCUGCAGAGCCUGCUGAGCAGAAACUAGAGUCCUGCAUUGCAUGCCUGGUCUUCCUCCACCCUCACACUCCUGUUCGCACACACACACAUUUCUCGUCACGUCAUACGGUAUUGCACCCCACCAUUUUUACCUCCUCUUUGUGUUGGAUAGUUGUACCUAAAAAAACACCUCUGGUAACCAGACUACAGUGUAACAUUGUUAAGAACGAAGCAAUCGUACUAUAAAAAAUACUUUUGACAUUAUAUUUUUAGUCAUAUAGGCAAAAAUACUAAAUGCUU